CAUGGACAGAGUAAGGUCAGAGUUUGAUCCGAUGGAAUACGAAGGUGGCGAUGAACUUGAUGAAGAGUUUGAGGAACACAAGUCAGACGAUGAAAUUAAAGAGGAGAAGAACGGUGAAUAA